CACAUUAAAAGCCAUGAGAUGCGACUCAGUCCACUUUUCAUUUCAGCCGAUGCUUCUCUGGGAUCUUUUAUUUAUUCCUAGUUCUUCCAAGGACAGAAAACUUCUGAGAGCAUCCGAUCAGAGGCCUGAAGCCAGGAGUCACAGCCGAGUUUUCUGCUGCUGUCACGAAAAGCACGAGGAGACAUGACUAGGAUGUGGAAGGGACUCGCCGGGCUGUCCUCGUGGUGGUGUCUGGUGAUGCUGAUUCACUUCUUGGCUCAGACAGAUACAGCGUUCGCAUGCAGCUCCACCCAGUUCACCUGUGGAAACGGAAGGUGCAUCACGCGCAGGUGGAUCUGUGACGGUACUGAUGAUUGUGGCGAUGCGAGCGAUGAACUUCCUGCUGUCUGUGCUACCAAAACUUGCCUGGAGUCCCAGUUCAACUGUGGCGCUCCGCUGAACCAGUGCAUCCCGAAGAGCUGGCACUGCGACGGCAGCGCCGACUGCAGAAACGGCGCCGAUGAGACGAACUGCACUGCAAAACAAUGCCGAGACGAAGAGUUUCAGUGCGCCAACGGCCAGUGUGUGUCCAAGGCUUUCGUCUGUGACAAAGAAAACGACUGCUCCGAUGGGUCGGACGAGAGCUCCUGCCCCAAACCCACCUGCAGCCUUCAGUCCUUCCAGUGCCACGACUCUGUGUGUGUUCCUGACAUAUGGCGCUGCGAUGGAGACCGAGACUGUCGGGACGGGUCCGACGAGUGGCCAGAGAACUGCCUGGAUAAACAGCCGAGGGAGAGGCCUUCAAAAUGUGGAGCACACGACUUUGAGUGUGCAAACGGGGAGUGUGUCCACCAGAGCUGGCGCUGUGACGGAGGGAUAGACUGCACGGAUCGAUCGGAUGAGCUCAACUGCAGUCACCCAACUUGCCGCCACGAUGAGUUCAGGUGUGAUAACGGCACGUGCAUCAGCGACAGCCUGAGGUGUAACUCGGUGCACGACUGCUUAGACGGCAGUGAUGAGGCUGGGUGCCACACAGAAGACGCGUGCAAAGACCCAAACCAGUUCAAGUGUGGCAGCGGGGAGUGCAUCAGCAUGGACAAAGUGUGUGACAAGGACAGAGACUGCAGCGAUGGCUCGGAUCAACCUGAGGGUCAAUGUGGUGUAGACGAGUGUCUUACAGCAAACGGUGGCUGCUCCCAUACCUGCAAUAACCUGAAGAUUGGCUACAACUGCUCCUGCCCUGCUGGAUACAGUCUGAAGUCUGACAACAAAACCUGCCAAGACAUCGACGAAUGUGAGGAGCCGGACACGUGCAGUCAGCUGUGCAUCAACCUGCUUGGCAGCUACAAGUGCGACUGUUACGAUGGCUAUGAGAUCGACCCAGUGAGCAACGCGUGCAAAGCUGGAUCAGGGACUGUACCCAUGUUGUUCUUCACAAGCCAGCAUGAGGUGAGGAAGAUCACGGUGGACCACAGUGAGUACGUCAGGCUGAUCCCUCAGCUGAAGAAUGCAGUGGCUCUGGACUUGGACAUACCAAACAAGAGGAUCUUCUGGUCGGACCUGUCUGAGAAGAAAAUCUACAGCUCCGGUAUAGAUGAGGUGGACGACUCUUCUCGUCACAUUGAAGUUAUUGGCAGCGGGCUUGAGACCCCAGAGGGACUUGCAGUGGAUUGGAUCUAUGGUAACAUCUACUGGACUGACAGCCUUUUGAAGAGCAUCUCUGUAGCAUCGACAGAUGGCGUCAAGAGGAAGACCCUCAUCACGACAAACCUCGGGAAGCCAAAAGCUAUCACAGUCGACCCAGUGAACAACUUCAUGUACUGGACAGACUGGGGGGAGGAGCCUAAAAUUGAGAAGUGUGGACUAAAUGGUGCUGGUCGUGUCAUCUUGGUAAAGGAGGGCAUUGAACGGCCCAACGGCAUCACCCUCGAUAUGGUCAACCAGCGUCUGUACUGGGUCGACGCCAAACUGCACACCAUCUUCAGCAUCGACGUCUACGGAGGAAGCAGACACACGCUCAUCCAUAGCGAGGAGCAGCUCAGCUGGCCGUCCUCGCUGGCUGUCUUUGAGGAGAAAGUCUAUUGGACUGACAUCAUCAACGGGGCUGUUUUCAGCGCCAACCGCCUGACAGGAAAGAACAUCACAACGUUGGCAGUUGACCUAGAACGUCCAGAGGACAUCGUCCUAUACCACGACCUCAAGCAGUCAGCUGGGGUAAACUGGUGCAGAAACAGCCACAGUGUGAAUGGAGGUUGUGAGUUUCUGUGCCUCCCGGCUCCGCUCACUGGGGACCGUGCUCCUAAAUACACGUGCUCCUGCUCCGACAGCACGACGCUUGGUCCUGAUGGAAAGAAAUGUGUGGAAGCGCCCCAAGCUCCUACCAGCCAGACCACCACGACCACCACCUCCACCGCCCAAACGUCUACAACUACCUCACCUAUCCAGACCACACAGCGCACAGAGGAAGCCGUUGUUCCUGCAGAAGGUAGGAAGCAGUCGGUGACGCCUGAGGAGGCUCCUUCCUCCCACCCUCUUGCUCUCUACAUUGUUCUGCCCAUUGUGGUGCUAGCAAUGCUGUCGUUUGGAGCAGUGAUGCUAUGGAGGCACUGGCGCGUGAAGAACACCAACACCAUCCACUUUGCUAAUCCAGUCUACCAGAAGACCACCGAGGACGAGGUGCGCAUCUGCAGAAGCGGCUUUGACGGCCAUGUUUACCCUGAGAGACAAAUGGUGAGCAUGGAGGACAUGGACAUGGCCUGACCUAAAGACCUAUGAAGAAAGCACUACCUUUUCCCUAAAUAGAUUGUUUUUCUUCUGAAAAAAAAAAACACAAAGUGCUGCUCUACACACCAUGGACGUAAUUUUCACUUUAGAAGUGGGGGGGGACACGGGGGGGGGGGGGGGGGGG